UGACAACUCUUCGCCCACCACCCGACGGCGCUCAAUUCUUUUGUCACUGCGUGCGGCCUCCUGUCGGAGGUCAAAUCAGCUUGUUCACCAAUGUAGCCAUCCUUCUGUCGCCCCCCUUCUCACAGCUAACUCGUCUCUCAACUCGCCGACCCCGCCUCCGCAAGCAGUUCAACUGCGACUACGACUGUGAUCUUCCACUCGCCCUCAACGGCGAUCAUGCCUACCUCGACCGUUUGGCGUCGCAGCCGCGACCUGGCAGGGCUCAGGGGUGCGAGCCCUGUACGUCCAUCCGCCGAACUCAUCGAGCGCCUUUCCCCUGAUCCCACUUUCGAAUCCCCUACCCUCGACGACUCUUCGCUCCCUCUACGUUAUUCACCCGAGGGCGGCUACUCAUUAAGAGGACUUGGCCUCUCGGAUAUUGGAGCACUCGAGAACAAUGAAUCCGCUCUGCAACCAGAUCACCUAUACUACGAUCAGGACGGUGCCGCCCACGUUGCGGGCAGGGUAAAAGGUGGCGCGAGUACAAAUUAUGGACGCUCCAGAGUUGGAUCGCUGGACUGGGCAACGAGAAGUGCCAAUCCUACCUCCGGCUUCCUGCAAGACAACCGACGCCCACAUGGAAAGGGACAUACGCGCUCCGGCUCUACGAUCGAUGACCUUGCGACCGCCGCAAUUGCAACAAGCCCCGUUUUGGCUAGCGCAACCACCUUUUCUCUGUCCAAGGGAAGCUCAUACACUGCCACUCGCCCUUCCACCUCCUAUACCCGUCGCUAUAGCCACGAAGGUCCUUCAAAUGGUCCGCCCGCGAAACGUAUCAAAUCCGAACGAUUACCCAGCCUCGAGUGGUCGCCGCGCGCAGAGAGACCAAAAACAAGCGGCGGCGAUAGCAGUAGACCCGAUGUCGACCACGAAGAUGCACUUUUGUUGCUUGAGCUGAAGAACGAGGUCAACUUCAAAAAUCAUACAAAUACCCCCAAGCUUGACGUGAUGCCUGAACACCAGCUAUCGACGUCCCCUACCUCUCCCCAGUCGUCCCCUUCGAGACUACGGAACCUGCAAGCGAGUCCGGUCAGACAGUUACAUCAGAGCAUGAAGAGUCGGUCCAGAGAACAAUAUGUAUCUGAAGAUGUGUUCAAUGCGAGGGACUUUUCGACAGCAGAGGUUUCCGAGUCAAUACAAGCUGCGUAUGGCGGAAAGGCACCUGAUGCUCGAGCACGAGGGACCAGGGGACCUCACGUUACUAUUGAUGCUCUGCCACCAGUAUCCGAAGAACCAUCCGAGCCUGCAGCUGCAGAAGCAGAGCCACCGCCCAAGAAGCAGCGUCGUAUCAAGCCAGAGCAACAAGCUGAGGUUUGCGCGGCAUGUCAGCGCCUACAACUGGAUACCGUGGAUGACGAAGACACCGCUACGUUCUGGAUCAGUUGUGACGCUUGCAAACGCUGGUUUCAUGCAGAAUGCGCUGGCUUCAAGACAAAGGCAGAGGCAAGAAGCGUGGACAAGUAUAUUUGCAAAGACUGCGAGCCCUUACAUGGGUCAACUACAUACGUACGCAAAUCGUCCCGUCCCAGGACCGCCAUUGACUAUGCCGGCCUCAACCAGGGCGUGGUGAAGUCAUCUGUAGAGACCUCGACGCAUCACUAUAUCCAGCCGCUCAAAGAAGGCAAGAUGAACGUCCUACCAGAUGAUUUCGCACGAAUCAGACCAGAACUGCUUACAAUGGAGUUCAUGGAAAGCUUUGAAGGAUUCAAAAGGCCUUUUGUGGUCCCAGCCGAAUGGAACCCUCGAUUUGGUGUAAGGCCCGUGCCUGUCGAGCGUGAUUCAAGUCCUCCUGGCAAAGAUUCCACAACUUUCACACUCAUUGACAGUGCAGGCGCAGAGGCAGGCACCGAUACUACGCCACCGUUGGAUCUUGAGGAAGAAGAGGUGAUUGAUUGUGACCAGGACUUGCUGGAUAUGGUGAUUCCACGCGAUUUGACGGUCCGAAAAGUUGCCGAGCUCUACGGCCCUGAGGAGUCUGUGCCCGUGAUCGAUGUCAAGUCUCAAGAGACCAAGGGCUAUUUCACACUCCAGCAAUGGGCGGACUACUAUGAGCUCGAAGGUGAAAAGCCCAUUCGAAAUGUUAUCAGCCUCGAAGUUUCACACAGUCCACUUGGCAGGCUUAUCCGACGGCCCAAAGUAGUUCGGGAUCUUGAUCUGGACGAUCAUGUUUGGGAGGCUGACGCCGAUACUCGAUUGAAGAAGAGGCCUGUAUCGUUCUAUUGCCUCAUGUCUGUUGCCGACAGCUACACGGACUUCCAUAUUGAUUUUGGAGGCUCUUCUGUGUACUACCACAUCCUGCGAGGGUCGAAGACGUUCUUCUUUAUCCCACCUGAAGACAAAUACCUCAAGAAGUACGAAGAAUGGUGCAACUCAGACUCGCAAAACGAGAUUUGGCUGGGGGACCUCUGCGGUGGCAACUGUACAAGAGUUGACCUUCACGAGGGAGACACAGCGUUUAUUCCUGCGGGUUGGAUCCAUUCUGUUUGGACUCCUGAAGACAGCUUGGUGAUCGGCGGCAACUUUUUGACUCGUCUGGACUACGAGAUGCAGCUCAAAGUUGUGGGCAUUGAGAAGGCGACCAAAGUGGCACCCAAAUUCCGAUAUCCCUAUUUCCAGAAAGUCAUGUGGUAUGCACUGAUCAAGUACCUAGAUGAUGAUCCGCUACCGGAAGAGGUGUUGACUGACUUUCGCGAUGACCCUGACUAUGUUUUCUUGCGAGCAAACCCGAUUUGGCACGAAAUCGGAGAGUUUGAAAAUACAGCAGAGCCGGGUGAUCCAGCUUACAAUUCAAGGUACUACCCGAAGUCCGAAGUGAAUGGUUGGCCAGCAUUACGAGAUUUUCUGUACCGCACGGCUCGAAUAGAUGCAGGUUUGCCAGUACCAGAUAUCACCAAGAAACAGAUCGAAGCUGUGAAGGCGUCUAUACCUAAAGGAUACGGCGAUCCACUUUUGAUGAUUAAAAUCUUCGCAAUCUGGUGUGCAUGGAAAGCUGGCAACACAACCGCCCCAGAAUGGGUUCACUCGGAUGAUGCGCUAGAGCCGGAAAAGGGGGAGAAGAUCAAGAAACCCGAGCCAUUUCGUCUGCCGGGGGAACGAAGUUCGUCUCGAAGAGUUGCACAAGCGCAGGCUCAGGCGGCACAGUCACAAAUUCAUGCGCAAACGCAGGCUCAAACACAAGCUCAGACACAGGCGAAAGCGCAAACACCCCCCGCCAAAAACGGACCCAGAGGAAACGGAUUGAGAGUCGCUUGUGACCCUUGCCGGAAACGCCGCAUAAAAUGUCGACACAAGUCAGGUGGUGAAACACCGCGUCGAACCCCAGAGAUUCGGCCAAGGAGUUUCUCUAGUGCCGAUCAUCAUUCCCUAGCAGGUGCAGCAGGGUUCACCAAUGGCACCGUGGGAGAUGCUGUCUCUCCAGAAGCACGAAUAUCUGACGGCGUUGGUUUGGAAGUUACGCAGUCAGAUCCUCAGUCAUCCUCGAAGAAAAGCCGGAGCAAAGCCUGCGAAGACUGCAGGAAGAGCAAGCGUCGGUGUGUACACGAUCAAUAUGGUCGCAUCGAUCCCGCCAAAGUAGCAGAACCCUCGAAGCCUCGUGGAUCGGCCAAUGUCAAACGCGCCACACAUGCCAAUGAUGAGACCAAACAAACAGAACCAGAAAUCGACAGCCUAGAGGACUUGAUCGACCCCGCCUUGACCAAUGGCGACGCCUCUCAAGUAGUCAACGAUGUUGAUGAAGAAACUUUUCAUACGCCCGGACCGUUGAACAACGCGAGCCCUACUGGGGAUGAUCAACACGUCGACGGAGAAGUCUUCAUGACGAAUGGAGCCGGUCAAGAAUCAGGACUGAUUGAUCCCACCCUGGGAAGUAUAGAGGAGGAGGAAGCAGCACCCAUUAAAAGUGAGCAUGAUCAGACCGCAGGAUCAGCCGAUUCCUCUGCUUUGAAACAAAGCAACAAUCUUUCCACCACCCCGACCACGAUGCAAAAUGGAGCACUCAUAAACGGCGAGUUUUCUGGGUCUUACACCUGGACACCUGGAUCGAGACAGUCGUCUCGACAGCCCAAACAAGUAGAACGAUAUACGCCUGAAGAUAAAAGAUCGCCCAGCAAACCAUAUUCAAAGCCGCAAAGGAACGAUCGACGAGCAUCAAGCGCUGCGAGCGCACAUACGGUGGUGACGAGUAUCAAGAGCGAACGCUCAUCAAGCAACACUUCGGGGACCACGCACCAAAUGGCGGGCAUCAUGGCCAGCAGACGUAGUGCGUCCCUGGAAGCGACUGCUCGACCUAUUAGCAGAGGAAGUACAGGCGGAGAAAGUGACGUGAAUGCUGACGAAAGAUUUGCCAGAGAGCUUCAGGCGGCGGAAAAUGGGCUCAGGCGUCGGACCAGUAUGAGGGCUUAGAGAGGCCUCGGCUGAACACCUAGAGACCGUGGCUUAUGAUGACAUGACCAAGGAAUCCGGCGUUAAGAUGUGACAGCUUGGGAUCAAAUGGGAUUAAGAACAGAGUCGUUGCGCAGCGCUUGAGGACGACAAAGGAGUGAGAUCUGGUGGCUUGGGGGAUCUUUUUGUGAGAUUUUCGUUCAAUAAAAUACCCUCGGAGCGCGAAGGACACUUGAGGGUAUUAUCGCGAGCGUCCAAUGUAUAUCUUCCCCGGUUUUUCGAUCUAUCUGUAUAGAGUCCUGUCCGAG